UAAAAUGUGUUAAGUUAAUCCAAAAUAUUAAUUUUCUUACUGUCUUAAGAAUAAUAUUUAUUGGAAACCUUCUAAGAUGUUGUUUGGUUUUAAAAAAUUGGCUUUAGGCUAUUUCUUAAUUUGAACAGCCUUGGCUACGACCAUUUUACAUGAUGUCCGACUAUCUGAAAAAUCAAUUAUAUCCGAACACCUUCUACCCCAAUUGUUUUGGAUAAUCGACGCUAACAUUUAACUGAUCUCAGGGGCAAUGCUUCUCAGGUGAACAUUCAUUAUGAACUUCAGUUUUGGUAGCACUACCCCCAAAAACAUCUACAACAUCAAGUACUACACUAGGAACGUCAACUCUCGGAAUGUCGGGUGGUGGACUUUUCGGCUCCUCAGCCACCACUGGUUUGCAGUUCGGUGGAGCAGGAGACAAUAAACUCGGCACAGCUACUCCUACAGCCGCAAUAAAACCGACCGCAUCCGCCACUCCCCUCAGUUUCACUCCAACGACAACCGCCACUACUGGCUUCUCAGGGUUUUCCGUUACUCCGCAGACCACCACCUCUGCUACUGGGUUCACAGGAUUCUCGACUACUCCGCAAACAACUACUGCGGGAUUCACAGGGUUUUCAGCCAGUCCGCAGACAACUAGUGCUGGAUUCACCGGGUUUGCAGUUACUCCGCAGUCAACAGCCUCAGCCCCUCCCCAGUCACAAGCUACUCCAGCUCCUUCUUUCAGUUUUGGAGGGGCCACAUCGACCUCUACAGCUACUCUGGCACCUCUUAGUUUCAGCCUAACACCGUCAACUACGACAGCAAAGUCCACCACGGUACCGACACUAAGCCUAGGUGCCUCAGUGACUACCUCGGCCAGUAGUGGUACCACUACGCUGACACCGGCCAGUAGCGCCAAUACAACAAGCACUGGCAACAUAACCUUCGUACAGUUGGAGGAAACCAUCAACAAAUGGACGCACGAACUUGAGGAGCAAGAGAAGAUAUUCAUGAGUCAGGCUGUACAAAUCAACAGCUGGGAUAACCUGUUGAACAGCAACAGUGAUAAGAUAGUGGCUCUGAACAAUGAAGUUCACCAGAUGAAGCUUCAACAACAACAGUUAGAUCACGAGUUGGAUUUCAUCCUGGCCCAACAACGGGAGUUGGAAGAAGUGCUGUCUCCGCUUGAGAAACAAACAUCGGAAGUUCCUUCCAACACGGAUCCCGACAGAGAGCACACGUACUACUUGGCUGAAUCCCUAGACACUCAGUUGAAGCAAAUGUGUGAAGACUUGAGAGAAAUCAUUGAACAUCUGAAUGAGUCUAGUAGAACACAAGAUACUUCAGAUCCGAUUAUCCAGGUGGGCCGUAUUUUGAACGCACACAUGAACUCUCUCCAUUGGAUUGAUCAGAUGACGAUGAAUAUUCAAAAUCAGCUGGAGAACGUUACAAGGCUUCAUGACGCUCAUCGCAGAGAGAACGAGCGAACCUUUAGAAUAUCUUACGAGUAAUCUUAAGUAUAGCUGUAACAAUAUCUUUUGACCUUGAUCUGUUCGAAUAAUAUGUAGGCUACCUUGUUUUACAGUUUAUUUCCACUUUUAGGAAUACUUUAACUUUGUACUCUUAUUGGAGAACUGUGUAAAUUUAAUUUAUCUUAUUGAUUUUGUAUUAUACCGUUUCCUAUUAUAUUUUUUAUUAAGUUUUCUGGUCAAUA